AUAUAAAAAAGUAACUCACAAUUAAACAUGUCUUGGCAAGCUUAUGUUGAUACAAACCUUGUUGGCACUGGUAAAGUUGCCCAAGCCGCCAUCUGCGGUUUAGAAGGUGGUGUUUGGGCCUCAUCUUCUGGUUUCCAGUUGCAACCUUCCGAAAUUCGAGAAAUCAUGGAGGGUUUCAAGAACCCCGACUCUGUUCGUGCAAACGGUCUUCAUAUUGGUAACGCCAAAUACUUUGUUAUUCGAGCUGACGAUAAAGCCAUAUACAUUAAAAAGGGUAAUGAAGGUGCUUGUAUUGCCAAGACUGGCAAAGCCUUCUUGAUUGGCACUUAUAAUGAUCAAAUGCAACCAGGUCAAUGUAAUGUAGUUGUUGAGGGUUUGGCGGAUUAUUUAAUCUCAGUAGGCUAUUAAACACUAUGACCCACAUAUUUUUUGAUGCCCCUUCUUUCUUUUUUCAUGUUCCAAUUUACCCGUCAAUAAAAAUACAUAUUUUGCGUUUUUAAAAAUGUGGCGUAGGGUUAAACAGAGAGGUCUCGGGUUUGUUAAUAUUUUUGUUUACUCCAUUCAGUCAUUGUGCAAUAUACGGCUCUGGUUCGCACUCACUUAUAUCACAGACAAAUAAAAUAGGUUGACGUCAGUUCAGCUUUCUCAACGAAAAAAAAUACAGGAGUAUGACCCCCUAUAUGUUCUGCGUAAAGAAGUAUCUCCAUAAGCUAAAAUAGUUUUCUACGAUCAUCGAAUGGAUUUACAAAGUAGUUACCGCUGCCAAAGUAACUUCUUCUGAAAGUACUUGUUGAGUCCAUUGCAAGCUUAUGGGGCUCCAUUAUUCUUUAUAUGGCCGAGAACAACACUGCCACAGUGAGCAUCUGCUAACCUUU